AUGGCUGAAGUAACAUGUUUUGAUCGUUUAUCAACUGAAAUAAUUCUCGAGAUAUUUAAUUAUUUAUUGUCCAAUGAUUUAAUGUUUUCAUUUCUUUCUCUUAAUAAACGAUUGAACGAUACUUUAUUCUAUCAUGAUCGUUUGCUAAAUAAUAUCCAAAUACCAACAAGAAAUUUGGAUUUUUCAAAUAAUAUUUUUCAACUAAUCGGAUCAAAAAUCCAACAUUUAACUUUAACGACGAAGGAUUUAAAAAUUCUUUGGAAUUUAUUGUCAAAUUUAAGAUCUUUAACAAUUUCUUCGUCAAUUUCAUUAAAUUGCGAUCAUUUUUAUCUUAUAUUGAAUAGGAAACAAUUCUGUAAUUUAGAAUCAUUUGAAAUGAAAAGUAAAAUUUAUUCUGAAGAAGUAUAUCAUUCGAAUGACCAUAUAGUCAAAGGAACUGCAUUUAUACCAAUAUUUUAUCCAUUUAACAAAUUAAAAUCUUUCCAAUAUUUAUCAACAAUAUCACCUUUUCAAACAGUUGAUGAUAUUUCUGGUAUGGAUAUUAGUCAACAUUUGGAAAGAUUAUCAUUGAACUUAUGGGAAUUUGAAACGGUCUAUUUUAUUCUUCAAUAUUGUCCAAAUUUAAAAGAGUUGGAUUUGAUCGUGACGAUAAUUGAUCCAGUUAAAGUGAAUGAGGAAUUGGAUUUAUCUAAUAUUCCUCUGCAAAAGUUUUCCUUAACAAUGAAUGACAUUCGUUGCUCUUCGCUAAUGACUCGAGCACGUUAUCUUUAUAUAACAAAGUUUUUGAAACAUUAA